GCCCCCGGCGUCCCGGCCCGCGCGUGGCCUGCAACCCACCGCCGCUCCGCUCUGCCAGCCCCGCCGGGGGGCUCGGGGGGCGGCGGGUCCCGAGUGGCUCCGGGCCAAGCAAGCCGGGCCGAGCCGCUCCGGCUUCUUUGUCUGCGGGCGGCCGCCUCGGCCGCGGCCCCCUGGCCCGGGCUGGGACAUGAAUGUCUAGUCGGUGGCCGCUGGGCAGCUGGGGAGCGGGAGGCUGGGCUUCGAGCUCCGGAUGCACUAGGUGUGGGCUGUCACCCACCCCACUCUGCAGUGACCAUGGAUCCUGGAGCUGGCUCUGACUCAUCUCUGACUGUGAAUGAGCAGGUCAUUGUGAUGUCAGGCCACGAGACCAUCCGAGUGUUGGAAGUUGGAGUGGAUGCUCAGCUCCCAGCAGAGGAGGAAAGCAAAGGACUGGAGAAUGUGUCUGCUGAUGGUUCCCAGAGUGGAGGCCCUGCUGAAGCUGGUGAAUCCGCUAGUGAAGCUGGGCCACAAGACCCAGACCAUUCUGCAGAAGCAACUGGCUCACUCUCAUCCUUCCUUUCAAUGCCACCUGAAGUGAAGUCGCUGCCCGGGAUCCCUCCAAGCCCUGCCCCAGCCAUUGCCACCUUCAGCCAAGCCCCAAGCCAGCCUCAAGCAUCACAGACCCUGACGCCACUGGCCGUACAAGCUGCCCCCCAGGUCUUGACUCAGGAAAACUUAGCCACAGUUCUGACAGGAGUUGUGGUUCCGGCAGGGGCGGUUACUCAACCUCUUCUUAUCCCCAUCAGUAUUGCAGGUCAAGUGUCUGGGCAGCAGGGGCUGGCCGUGUGGACAGUUCCUACAGCAGCCGUGGCUGCCCUCCCCGGACUGGCCGCUGCUUCCACGGGGGCAGUCUUCAAGCCACCUUUAGCUGGGCUCCAAGCAGCUGCCGUGCUGAACACCGCCCUCCCGACACCUGUACAAGCUGCCCCACCAGUCCAGGCUUCCCCGCCCGCCCAGCCCCGGCCACCAGCACAGCCCCAGACGCUGUUCCAGACCCAGACGCUGCUACAGACCACGCCUGCCAUACUCCCACAGCCCUCUGCUGCCACUGUUGCCGCCCCCACGCCAAAGCCAGUGGACACCACCCCACAGAUCACCGUCCAGCCUGCAGGCUUCGCAUUUAGCCCAGGGAUCAUCAGUGCUGCCUCCCUCGGGGGACAGACCCAGAUCCUGGGUUCCCUCACUACCGCUCCAGUCAUUGCCAACGCCAUUCCCAGCAUGCCAGGGAUCAGCAGUCAGAUCCUCACCAAUGCUCAGGGACAGGUUAUUGGAGCACUUCCAUGGGUAGUGAACUCUGCUAGUGUGGCCACACCAGCACCAGCCCAGAGCCUACAGGUCCAAGCCGUGACUCCCCAACUCUUGUUGAAUGCCCAGGGCCAGGUGAUCGCAACCCUAGCCAGCAGCCCCCUGCCUCAACCUAUGGCUGUCCGGAAGCCAAACACACCGGAGUCCCCUGCUAAGAGUGAGGUGCAGCCUAUCCAGCCGACACCGACUGUACCCCAGCCUGCUGUGGUCAUCACCAGCUCAGCCCCAGGAGUCAAGCCAUCUGCUUCAGCUCCCAUCCCAAUCACCUGCUCCGAGACCCCUACCGUCAGUCAGUUGGUAUCAAAGCCACAUACUCCAAGUCUGGAUGAGGAUGGGAUCAACUUAGAAGAGAUCAGGGAGUUUGCCAAGAAUUUUAAGAUCCGGAGGCUCUCCCUGGGUCUCACACAGACCCAGGUGGGUCAGGCUUUGACUGCGACAGAAGGCCCAGCCUACAGCCAAUCAGCCAUCUGCCGGUUUGAGAAGUUGGACAUCACACCCAAGAGUGCCCAGAAGCUGAAGCCAGUUCUGGAGAAGUGGUUGAAUGAGGCAGAGCUCCGGAACCAGGAAGGCCAGCAGAAUCUGAUGGAGUUCGUGGGCGGUGAGCCCUCCAAGAAACGCAAGCGGCGCACUUCCUUCACACCACAGGCCAUAGAGGCUCUCAAUGCCUACUUUGAGAAGAACCCACUGCCCACUGGCCAGGAGAUCACCGAGAUCGCUAAGGAACUCAACUAUGACCGUGAGGUGGUGCGAGUUUGGUUCUGUAACCGACGCCAGACACUGAAAAACACCAGCAAGCUGAACGUCUUUCAGAUCCCUUAGGGCUUCGUCUUGGCCCUUGUUCCAGCACUUUCUACUCUUCCCACAGCAGCCAGCUGUUGUCACUGCAGUGACAGUACCAUGUGCAGCUGUGCUUGCCCUAGGUCAUGAGACCUCCGCCUGUGCAUGUGUGUCAAUGCCUGCCUCUUCUGCCCACAUAUGUCACACCCUGGGGAGGCCCAAAGGGCUGCAUGAGAGCCCUAGGCUCAGGGCUGGGCACACAGAAAGAGGGAAUUUGUGAUGUCUUUUCAAAAAGCACUUUCCCAACAUGGUUUCUGAAGGGUGAAUUCUGGUUGGGAACCAGCAAGGUGCUGUCUUUGGGGCCGGGCUAUAGCAACUCUUGGGGACCGCUGUGCAUUAGGUCUUGUUUUUGGUGGCACUUUCUGCCCCUUCCUCCUAGCUCCUCUGUGGUCAUACCAGUAUGACAACUCACCAAGUGGGACCUCAGCCUCACACUGCCCUCCUUUACUUUGUACAUGGGCACAUUGAAUCCCUUAAAGGACCAAGGAGAUGAAAUUUAGAAAAGCGUGACUCACUGUCUGCCUUGACCUCAAGGGCAGAAGGUCCCCAAAGCCGUGAGGUCAGAUGCCAUGAAGUCCCUCUUGGGGUCAUGGGGGUGGUGGGAUUGCACUAAUUCAGAACCUUUUCCUCUGCAAACCAAGAUGGAAGGGAAUCAACAGCGAACUUCCCCAUCCUGGAGAGUUUUAGGUCUGUUGUGGGUCUGGGACUUAGUAAAUAAGGUCAUCUGUCCAGAUUUUAAUCUAAUCUUCAUCAUGGCUGUCUUUCAAGCAAAGCUCUCUAGAGAGCUGUCAGCUUGGGAACAUUCCCAUUGCCAGCCUCUGCUGGCAGCUGCAGGGGGCUCAAAUCCCGACUUCCUCUCUCUCAUGCCUAUACCCAUCUCAGUCCAGUAUUGGGGUCUCUUUAGAAGGGCAAAUUGAAUGAUAAGCCAGACAGCAAGGAGCUGGAGUGGCGAGGAAGACAAUACCCAGAAAGAUGAUGGUCCGGGAAGACCUCUAGUUGAAGCUGACUUGAUGUUGGAGUCCUCUCACUUUGUCUGAUUGCAGACCAAGUCUAUGUGUGAGCAACCCCUCCCCACCCCCUCUGCAAUGCUCCUCUGAGCCAAGAGUGCUCCAGGUCCAGAUGGACUUUGCCUCUGUAGGUGAUAGCAUGCUUGGGGGUUGGCCUCAUAUCCAAGCCACUAAGUGAGUUUCCAGCCACAGGGAGGCUAUCCAGUCCUUCACUUCAGUGUGUUCACUGGGGAAUGUAGCUCAGAGGUCAAGAAUUUAGCAUGUUCAAGACUCCAGAUUCAGUUUCUAGCACAGAGGGGGAAAAAUUAGUAUUUGGUUUCAGGAAGUCAGGAAAGGUUUGCCUGAAUGACCCAAGACUUGUCAUGUAGACUGUCCCUAAAGGGCUGCAAGCUGCAGGGGCCAACCAUUUCACUACUUUUUGGUUUGGUUUGUUCUUUUGUUUUUUGAGAUAGGAUCUCACUUAGCCCAGGCUGACUUCAAAUUUGUAGUUGAAAAUGACCUUGAACUCUUGAUCCUCCUGUCUCCACCCCUCAAGUGAUGGGAUUAUAGUCAUGUGCCACCGUGCCUGGCUCUUCUCUACUCUUAGCCUUACAGAGCCUGUUCUUUAGUCCAUGUCCACCCAGUACUUCAUGUGAUCAGCCCUGAGGAAAUGACAGUCCAGUAAGAACACAUUACCAUCUCUGUCUGUCAGAGUGCAGAGACACUGGAGCCUACCUUUCUCUCCUGCACUCUGUUCCCUGGUGACUCCUAGUCCCUCUUAGGUCUUGCCAUACCAUUGUGUGCUAAAUCAACACACUCACACACACACACACACACACACACACACACACACACACACACACACACACUUCACUGCAUUUGAAUCAACCAAACCUGCUGGAGUCUGGGAAUAGGGAAGCAGGUGGAUAGCUUUCCUGACUCUGCUGCCCAGGACAGAAUGUCCCCAGAGGAGGAAGCUCCAUCUAGAUUGUAAUUGUCAGCCUGCUUCCAUGAGCUGGGAAGUCAAGAGGGGUGCUUACAUCCUGGGGCUUACAAAGUGACUCACUUAAGAAGUUAAAUGCAGCUUUUCUUGCUCAAAA